CACUCGAUUCGGCUGGUUGGUUUGCUUGAAUGCUGCCGGCCAGAGGGAACCGGACGCCGUUCAAAUCAYAGAGAUAGCUCCGGCUCCAAACACGAAUUUAGAUUCUAGGGCCUAGGAACACGCAGCAACGAACACACCGUCAUGGGGAGAGAGAAGCGAAAGGGCCGCCUGAACAAGGCGGGCGACGGCGCCGCGAGCACGGGGGCCUUUAUCGGCUUUGGAGCCUUUGCGGAAACGUCGUCGACAGCGACAACGGCACCGUCCGCCUUCGCGGCACACGACCCGCAUUCCACAAACAGAGCACCCCAGACAACGGCAUCGGCAUCAACGGCAUCGGCAUCGGCAUCGGCAUCGGCAUAUGCAUCGGCAGGAAGCAACAAUGCCGGUUCCCCACAAACCCGGCUGUCCCCAAUCUACACCGGAUCCGAUCCCGCCCUGGCGCUGCUCUUUCCCAAGGUCGGACAAAAACGGGACGCAACGACCAAGAGCAAGGCCCUCCUCGAUCUCAUCGGCUUCUUUCGCGACGGGAGCACCCCAAAGAAAACCAAGGCCGAGGCCCUUAGCCAUUUUCUCUACCUCUUCCAAACCAAGCUGUGCUACGACCACUCCUCGAAGGUCCGGGCGCAGUCCGUCCGUCUGUGUGCCAYGGCCGCUGGGGAAUGCCCCAGAGCCUGGAAGAACCUGGUCGUGGGAGGCCAUUGCGAAAUCCUUGGRAUGCUGCUCUGCGCCAGGGCCGAUCCGGCCUCGGAGGUGAGAGCCGCCGCCAGCGAAGCGGUUUUCGACAAUSCGGACGGCGGAUCCGAUCGGGCAGCCCUGGCAGCGGAUGCCGGGAUCUGGGGGUUUGCCCAAAAAAUACUGUCCUACCAGAAACCSUUGGACAUGCACGCCGACCUGUUCCAGAAAAAAGGCGGGGGGGGGAAACCGAAACCGGCCAGGGCCAAUUCCGCGGCGGCAAAGCUCUCCGAGGCCCAGCAGGAAGAACUGGAGGAGCGGUACGAGCGCAUCGUGGGGACCGCCAUCGAGGGCCUGCGGCUGCACCUGGUGGCCAACCACGCCGCCCGAAAAACGAGACCGGAGUCUAGGGUGGAGAACCCUUCCACGGUCAAAUACCUCUGGAGGACGCUGGCAAGCCACAAGGCCUCCCUGAGGCGGCACACCUACUCGCUGCUGUCGACCGUCUGCCAGCUGUCCAGGAUCGACCUGGUGGAUUCCGACAAGCUCUCGAAGCUCCUGGCCCAGUCCGUCUCGUCCGAAAAGGAAUCGGCCAACCUGGGGGUCCUGCUGGAAACACUGCUGGCCUUUGUGGCCUCGUGCUAUAUCACCAGGGCCGAGCGGUCCACCGUCCUCGAGCAGCGGUUUUCCAGACCCCUGUCCAGGCUCUUCAAGAAGGGAUGCCACGGAGCGGCUCCCACCUCGAGCUGGACCCCCACCAUCCUGCCCCUCGUCGCAUUGCUGCCGAAACACGCCUCGGACGACAGCGGCGGUGGCCUCCCCCCGCGGAUCGAUCUUCUAACCAACGCCUGGGAGGGCCGGACGCAUGUCGUGGGGGCUUCCGACCGCUGCGAGAUUGUUCGGGCCGUUGCCGAAACAGCGGCCUUUUUGCUGGCCAGGGAAGAAGAAACGAGCGAGAACAAUCCGUGCGACGACGGGGGUGCCUUUGACCAGAUCCUGGCUCRGUGCUGGAUCCACGCCCUCACGAGCUACCUGGCCGGUGGUUCCUCCCCCGAGCGGGGGAGCGGCAAAGCGAGCGGCAGUGGCGGCGGCGGUUCCCUUGCCCACCGCGCCCUGGGGACGACGCUCGCCAAGGGAUGGCUGCAGCUCGAUCGUGCCUCGCACAGGGCGGGCGUCGACCCAUCGAAAUCCCCGCCGAUCGUGUACCACAUCGGGGAGUGGUUUUGGAACGAGGCACUGGAGRCGGCCGUCCUAGCCGGGACCACUAGGAAGGCAAACCUCACCCACCUGCUGGCCGAGAUCCGUGCCCAGCAGAAAAGCGGAAGCGGCGGCGGCAGCACCUCGGAAACCCCGCUUCGGUCGGCCCGGGUGCUGGGCCGAAAGUUCCGGUCGCUCGCGCCUGGAAACAAUGCAUCCUGGGUGCCUGACAGGGACGUCUACCAGUUGUGGAUUGCCAUACUCCGCCUYGUGCCCUCGCUCGGCAAGGAAGUAUUUUCCUCCGCUACAAUGGGUGGUUCGAUCGAAGGCUUUGUCGCGAACAACCUCCUGUCGUGGGCCGUCCUCCACACCAGCCGCCUUUCCGACCGGAGYGGUAGUGGCCUCGCGMUUUUGGACGUGCAGCUGUUGCACGGUCUCUCGGUCGGUUUCCCGGAUCGUUUUCUAGAAUGGUGGCGCCCGAUCCUCCGGGAGAUUCUCCUGGCGCAACCGGACCUGGGAAUACUCACCGACUGCCUCGGAUGGUUGGCAAGGGAGGGAAAGCWUUKCGCAGGCGAUCUGACCACGGAGGGUGGUACAGAUGCAGCCGAYGGUCCGAAUGUGUUUUCCGGGUUUUGCAUCGAAACGGCACGGACAGYGGUGGCACAGACCAGUAGUGGCGAGAAGGCGMACCACCGCCAUUCCGACCUCGACGGAGAAUCCGAGAGCGAGGGCAGCCAUUUCGAUCCCAACGAAGAMGACGACGCAGAGCACCGAAAGACCRGCCGCUUUCUGCGGGCAUGUGUCGGAUUGGAUGACCAGACGGUACCAGUGACCCUGGUAGGGGRGCGCGUUGUCGAUGCCUGGGUUGCAUGCGCUUGCCCCAUUCGCGGAGAAGACGACAACGGAGAUWCCGYCAAUGAGAAUCCCGUCCUGGAUACUCUGGUAGCCAUGAUCCGGGCCAAGAAACURUCAGGCGCUGGAGAAUCKUCCUGKAGGACAGAGCGUGUGUUGCUGCAAUCGUGGAGRCAGGGUGGCAGUCUGUGGGAGGACGAAUGUCUCCCUUGGCUGUUGCAGGUCGAAAACUCCGUGGAUCGAUCAUYCCUGAUUCAAAACGCAAGCACAGAAUCCAAAAGCUGCGYAGGGAAAGCAUGCGMGGGAACGAACGACGAUUUGGCUUGGGACUGGACCGAGCGUGCCCACCGAUUGCUGCGGCUAUGCUCGAACAAAAGGGGAGAGAGCAGCUCURCUCUUCCCUCCCUUGCCAUUGUYGGUCUCGGGGAUGUGUCGAUGUGGGAGAAAGGGGCCCGUUUCGAUUUUCUGUCCACCUGUCUAUUGAAACUGAUCCGUCGUGUAGAAAAUGUAUCCAGUCGAUGGCAGCUCUUUAUCRAUUCCGAGACCGACACCAUGGAUCUCUUCGUCGCGGUCCUAUUCCAAUUGUCUACAGGCGCGGAAAGCCCUAUCGAAGCGGACCUGGCUCGAAGGCGGAAGGAUCCUUGUGCCAUGCUCCUGGCCGAUCUCGGGUUCGCUGACUUUGACUCCGACACGAUAAUGGAUAGCAUCGGGUGCUGCGUUUCGAAACUUUCUCGUUUGCUCGAGCAAUCKACGAUAGACCAAGCAAAAAUCUGCCGGGGCAUUGCGGUGCUGUCCCAACUCAUCGACACACGAUUUGCUUCGUUGCGUCCAGAUCCAAUGGCCGAUGCAGCGCGGGAGGCAUUGGAUGCUUCCGAUGUUCAAUCAGGCGACAAGAUCUGGUACGUAACGAACACAAACGAUCCAACGRCUCAAGAGCCAUGCGUCCUGGUYAAGAUACACAAUGAUCUGCCCGAAGAGGUUUACUUCACAAUUCGACUUAGCAGAAACGGAGARCAGCAAGAACGRCAGACAGUGAGGGAAAGGCUGCGAAAAGUUCGGUGGACCAAGAGUGACGACAACAAAAGCACCAAAGAGAGAAGGACCAUAUCGGUUGACCAGAUUGGAGACGAAGAGAAGCGGGAGAGGGAAAAAAUCGUGGGACCGAUUUUAGACAAACUCAUCAAGUCGAUCGAUUCGGCACAGCCGAAUUCCUACUACGAGAUUUACAACAUUGUWAUUGUGCAAUGUGGAUUGGUCAGUGGCCGUGGAAUCGGCAGUGCUCAUUAUUYCGUCGUUCAAAAACUCAUGGAGUUGCAGCAGCGAUUGUUAGAAUCCUUGUCGUCCAACGAUGCUAGUGCUAMGAUUGCAUCUGCUUUGUGGCACCUUGCCCUAGCUCUAGGGUACGGUAUGAAUGCACCCGCUUCUGAAUGGUCGAUCCCAUUGAYCGGUUUGAACGCAGCAGAUUCCUUGCCGCUGCUGUUGGCAUAUGAGGAAGACGAGGGAAACGAAUCUACGAAGGACAUGGAUUGCGCUAUGGCAGCAUGGAUAUCUGUUUGUGCAUCUGCGUGCGACGACAUCGUCCUCCRGACCCAGGCUUACUCAACGCUUUUCGAACUAGCAACUCGAUUGCUUUGUUAUCACAAUGGGGAUGAGUAUGGUUUGAAUCCCUGUCACUACAUCGCUCUUAGAGCCAUUGAGGUAGGCCAGAUCGAAAGUCACAAGGCGAAAGAAGGAGAAUCGGUGAUACAGGAGAGCGAGGCCGAGGCUCUGACAGAAUUGACCAAGGUAUUCUCAAUGGUAUGGAGUAGUACUGAGGAAGAUAAAUGUGUAUCUACUAGCUGGRAUUCGAUCCCUCUCUUUGACUCCAUCAUAAGAGCAAGUCUGAGAAAACGACCAACUUUGAUGGCAAUCGCGAGUCGGCAAUGUAUUGAUGCGUUGGCCAAAUCUCUCUACGAGCCAAUCAAGCAGAGGUAUUCGAUGCUCAUUCUGCAAGCGUAUGCUMGAGAGGGACGACCUCUCUUUGACGAUGUUGACGACGACGAUCUUAUCAAUCCAAAAACUCUUGAGCGCCUUGACAUGUGGUCGGAAGAUAUGCUCGAGAGCGAAGCUGAUGAAUUGGAAGAUGACGUAGCCUCUGUUGCACAAUGGGUUUGCAAAGAGCUCAUGAAUGACGUUGAAUCUUGGCACGACGAUGACGAUAUUGAUGACGAAAUAGCGUGCGGUCGCAUGCUAUCAUGGCUGUCCGUGUUAGAUAUUACAGAUACAGCMACAGGAAAAGAUUCUAUGAACCGUCUGGCAUUCACUUCUUAUGUCUCGAAAGCCAAUGCUGUCGAUGCAAUACUAGAUCUUGCCUUGAUCUACUGCAACGUGGGCUCUGAGCGAAAAGCCGAAAUGGACAUAGUCGUUCCAUUGGAAGAAAUAGUGGAAUGCAUGUCGUUGUCAAGGCUUGCAGCCCGUGUCAUUUUUCGGUCGAUCGAGGUGUUCCCCACAUUGUCGAAGAAUUGGUGGGAUUCUUCUUGCCCCAAAUAUUUAACUUCUACUGUGAGAGAGUUCGUGGAAACGCAGGUCUCUCCCGAUAUUUUGAACCUUGCCGUCCAAAGCAUACGGAAUGCAGCUGCCUUUGGAGAGAUGAAAGUCAAGGGCAGCCCGAUCACACGCGAGGUUAAUGCCACUUACGUGCAGGACGAUUUCACCCUGAGUGUCGUCAUUAAGUUACCACUUUCGUUUCCUUUCCGUCGAGCCGAAGUAGAUUGCUCGAAAACGCUUGGUGUUCCGGAAUGUCGAUGGAAGCGAUGGUCUCUCCAGAUCACCCAGAUGUUGAACAAUCAAGGUGGGACGUUGAAAGAUGCUCUGCUACUGUGGAAAGAAAACGUCGACAAAGAAUUYGAGGGUGUCGAACCUUGUCCUGUAUGUUAUUCGGUUCUGCAUGUGAAGUCUCACAAGCUUCCGAAUCUGGAAUGCAACACAUGUCACAAUCAGUUCCACUCCGAAUGUUUGUUCGAGUGGUUUAAAAAUAGUGGAAAAAGCGCAUGUGUCAUUUGCCAACAGCCAUGGAGUGGAACYAGAAUCAAUUAAAGAUUCAAUUAUACUUCAAAUGAAAAAAAUUAUGUWCU